AUGAACGGGUACUCCUACCCGCAGUCGCGGGGGCCCUUCGCGCAGCAACAAAGCAAUGCGAACCCCAUCAUGGACCUGUCGGGCGACGAUCUCGAUGCCGCCUUCGCCAUGGGCAGCGGCCAGUCGCUCGACGACAUCGUGUCGUCCAACGACAAGGCGAACCGCCGCCGCAGCAUGCCCGUCUACGCCGGCAAUCAGAUGAACAUGAACAGCCCCGACUCGCGCCGCUUCUCGUCGAUGAACUUUGGCGGGCCCGGCAACUCCACCAUGGACGAUUUUCAGUUCGACAUGUCUGCCGCCGGCAUGGACGCCAUGCUGCCCACCGCCGCCUUCCCGCACACAUCGGGCGAGCUGCAGAACGACCGCGUGCCCGCCGCCGACCUCGCCAUCAAUACUCAGUUCUCCCAGGCGAAUCCGAACUCGCCCUUCCCCAACGUGGCCAACGGCGGCUCCGCCUAUGCCUCCCCGCUGCAGCACAACGGAUCGCUCGACAUGGACAUGAGCCCAUACCCCGGCGGCAUGCCCAUGUCGCUCGACGUGAACGAUCCCAUGGCCAUGUUGCCAAACGACAUGACCAUGUUUCAAAAUAGUGCAUUCGGUCCUUCCAUGAUGAAUUCCCCGGUCGCCCAAGACUUCGGUGGCCCUCCAACUUCAGCGCCGCAAGACUCCAACAUGGGCAUGGCCUCGCCGGCGAACUUUCGAAGCGAAUCGUCGAAUGCCACGUCCAACGUGCACUCGAACAUGCCCACACGCACCGGAAGCCACGCGGAUUCACGGCCACGGAGCAAUAGUCGACCGAAUUCCCACAACCCCCAAAUCCCAUCGCAAAAUGGAUCGCAGAUGAGCAAGGAAUCGUUAGCCAACCAAGGGCCAAUUCAGCUAGACCCGGAACGCGAGGUCCCGCAACAGCGCUACGAGGAGGCCUCGUAUGCCAAGAACAACUUCCCGUGGGUUACGUCCACUGGUGGAUUCCCGUCGACAAAGGAUAGAAACCCCCACUCGAAGGCCCAGUUCAAGAAUGCCUACUCGUCCACUGGCUUUGAUAUGCUAGGAGUCUUGAUGAGAGUGGCUACUCGACAGAAUCCCCAAAUCAACAUUGGCGCCGUGGACCUAUCCUGUGCGUUCGUCGUGUGCGACGCGGAAAUGGACGACAUACCAAUUGUGUAUUGCUCCGAGAACUUUGAACGACUUACUGGGUACAGUAAGCAUAUGAUCCUAGGUCGAAAUUGCCGAUUUCUCCAAUCACCGGACGGGAAAGUCGAGCCAGGAAUUAAACGGCAGUACGUCGAUGACGACUCGGUCCUGUAUUUGAAGAACACUAUAAGCGAGCGUGCCGAAGCGCAGAUCAGCUUGAUCAACUAUCGACGGGGUGGACAACCGUUCAUGAAUCUGCUGACUAUGAUUCCAAUCCCAUGGGAACCCGGAGGUAGCACAAAGUUCUUCGUGGGUUUCCAGGUCGAUCUCGUCGAGCAGCCACAGUCAAUGACCAACAAGAAUCCCGACGGGUCAUACCGGGUCAAUUAUCAACGUGGCAUGUCCAUGCCUAGCUACGUCUUCACGGAUCACAAAGCGUUACCCGAGCCUCAAGGCACGACCAUUUCCAAGGAUGAGGUUUCUAACGUCCUAGCCGCUUACGGUUCCACUGGUGAUUCCGAAAUAACACGACGAUUGUGGGACAAAGUGCUUCUGGAGAAUACCGAUGACGUGGUCCAUGUCCUGUCAUUAAAGGGACUGUUUCUCUAUCUAUCUCCGUCUAGCAACCACGUACUAGAAUAUGAUCCGAGCGAGCUUGUCGGCACAGCCCUGUCGUCUGUAUGCCAUCCUUCCGACAUCGUCCCCGUUACUAGAGAGCUCAAGGAAACAAGCAACGGUGCCUCGGUGAAUGUAGUGUUCAGGAUCCGACGGAAGAAGAGCGGGUACAUGUGGUUCGAAGGACAUGGCUCGCUGCACACUGAGCAAGGUAAAGGUCGCAAGUGCAUCAUCUUAGUCGGACGAGAGCGACCUGUCUACACGCUCAGUAAGACAGUCUUGCGCGCUUCCGGAGGAAUUGGUGACAAUGAGUUAUGGACCAAGCUAUCUACGUCUGGCAUGUUCCUGUUCGUGUCAGCCAAUGUCCGCUCCUUGCUCGACAGACAGCCCGAUGAACUCGUGGGCACCAGUAUCCAAGCAUUGAUGCGCCAAGAGUCAAAACAACAAUUUGGUAAGAUACUGGAGCUGGCACGGACAGGACGGAAAGGUGAAGUCAAGCACGAAGUCAUCAACAAGCGAGGCCAAGUGCUACAGGCUUUCACAACCGUCUAUCCUGGCGACGCCACCGCCGGCCACAAACCUACCUUCCUGGUUGGCCAAACCCGCCUGCUCAAAUAUUCCCGCAGCACAUAUACACAACGCCCUGCCCUAUACCAGAACAACAAGGCUCGAGGGUCGGAUGAGUCAGGUAUGUCACUUGUGUCGACGAACACUGGCACCUCCCAUCAGCAACAAUCGGUUUCAGGUAGCGCUACACCACAGACCAAUACAACAGACCUCCGAUACUCGAACACCGAGGAACAAGCUGCGACAUUUUCAGGCUCUAACGGUCUCACCCUAGGUCACCAAGAUCAUUCACUAGCCUCAGAAGACAAUGUCUUCGACGAGCUCAAAACCACUAGGAGCACAAGUUGGCAGUACGAGUUACGCCAGAUGGAGAAGCGCAACAGGUAUCUUGCAGAGGAGGUUCAGAGCCUGUUAGCUGCUAAGAAGAAGCGUAAGCGGAGGAAGGGUGCUGGUCAGCUGCAGAAGGACUGUGCGAAUUGCCAUACCCGAACCACUCCCGAGUGGAGGCGCGGACCAUCGGGGAACAGGGAUCUGUGCAAUUCUUGUGGUCUCCGAUGGGCCAAGCAGCAAGGUCGUGUUUCUCCGAGAACCUCCUCGGCGCACUCUGUUGUUAGCGACAAGAGCAAGAAGAGCUCGUCGUCACCGCGUCACGCGCAAUCCAAGCCCCCAAACGUCUCCUCUGAUAAUGGCCGACUAUUGUCCAAUCCCACCAUGGCGAAAGUCGACAACAACGGCCAAUUCGACGGCGGCUCCAACCCGCAUGCCGCUAAAGUUGCACGCAUGGAUGUGCCCGCAUCACAAGCCUAUAGCACUAGCCCUGCCAUGGAUAUACCGCCCAAGAUCGAGGAAGGCAUCGAACCGGAUUAA